AUGCGCCCGGAUGGCAUUUCCAGUACAAACGGCUCCUCCCAUACGUUGAAUGGCUCAAAUGCAUCCCCGUCCCAGAAGACAGCUUUCGCCCACUCUCUGAACGGCCAAACGAGUUUCACAGCCUCCAACGGAGACGUACGCACGAACGGGUCUCAAAAAGCGUCAGUCGGCCCUCCGUCAUACUAUGGUCAUGACCGAGAAGAAGUUACCAGGAUCUUGAUCCAAGCCCUGUUUGACCUUGGCUAUGAUGGGGCCGCGACGCUUCUAAGCAAAGAGAGUGGCUAUCAACUGGAGAGCCCAGCAGUUGCUACGUUUAGAAAUGCGGUGUUAGAGGGCCGAUGGACCGAGGCGGAACAUAUACUGGUGCAGUCAUUCUAUCCGGAUCGAGGUGGUUGGAAGGGUAAUACCGGCGAGCAAGCGACGAAUAGGGAGAAGCUGGUUUUGGUGGAAGAUGCUCAAAAGAAUGAAAUGCUCUUUUACCUGCGACAGCAAAAAUUCCUCGAAUUGUUGGAAGCCCGCGAUUUGGCGGCGGCCCUAAUAGUUCUGAGACAUGAACUGACACCGCUGAACUAUGACAUAGGACGGUUACACGCCCUCUCUCGCGGCACCACUGUGAGUGAAACUGACUUUCAUGCUAGUCUACUCAUGUGCCCCCCGGAACAUCUCCACGACCAGGCCGGCUGGGACGGUCCCAUAAGCUCUUCUCGAGAACGUUUGUUAUCGGAAUUGUCUCGUGAGUCCCCAAACCCAGGGUUCGGAGCUGUAACAGCGCAUGCCGCUAACAACUUAGUAGGGUCAAUAUCGCCUUCUGUAAUGAUUCCGGACAAUCGUCUUGCUAUUCUGCUGGAUCACGUCAAACAAACACAGAUCAACCAGUGCUUAUAUCAUAAUUCCGCAUCACCACCUUCAUUAUAUUCAGAUCACAUGUGUGAUCGCAAAGACUUUCCUUUGCAGACCGGAAUUGAGUUGAACCAGCAUUCCGACGAGGUGUGGUGGUGCCAGUUCUCGAACGACGGGACGAAGCUGGUCACUGCCAGUAAAGAUCAGACUGUAAUCAUUUACGAAACCAGCACCUUCUCUGUGAUACAGAAGCUUUUGGGUCAUGAGGAUGGUGUUGCACAGUGUGCAUGGAGCCCGGAUGACUCGAAGAUCAUUACCUGUUCUCAGGACAAGACCGCCCGCGUGUGGAGCGUUGAGUUGGCAAAGACUGGUCGUUGCCUUCUGACCAUCAAUCACCACCGUCAUCCCGUGACAGCUGCGGCGUGGGCUCCUGAUGGCGAGUCUUUCGUAACAGCGGCUCUGGACGUGAGCUCACAACUCUGUCAUUGGGGCAUGCGUGGACAGACCUUAUACAUGUGGCCGGACGGCUUCCGCGUCCAAGACUGUGCUAUCACGCCCGAUGGCCGGAGACUUAUCGCGGCAGACCUUGAUCAGAAGGUCCACGUCUAUAACCUUGCGACCCGCGAUGAAGAAUACUGCCUAGCCCUGAAAAGCAAGCCAACCUCAGUCGCUGUUAGCAGGGACUCCCGUCACAUGCUGAUCAACUCCGCCGACGGGCAAAUACAGCUUGUUGACAUCAACACCACAGACGUUGUGCGACGAUUUUCAGGGCAGAAGCAAGGGCAUUUCGUGAUUCGCAGUGUCUUUGGUGGUGCGGCGGAAAACUUUAUUGUUAGCGGAAGUGAAGAUUCUCGUGUUUAUAUCUUCCACAAAGAAGCUGGCACACUUGUAGAGGCAUUAGAGGGGCACGUACGAGGAUGUGUAAAUUCCAUGUCCUGGAAUCCCCGAGACCCAGGAAUGUUUGCUUCUGCUGGCGACGACUGCUUGGUUAGAAUUUGGACACGUGAACGUGACAUACGGCCGAAUGUUUCAGCGGGCAAGCACAGGGCAGUAUCGACAAGUGGUUUCACUCGCACCAGCGCUCUGCGUUCAACAUCAAGCUUCAAUUAG